ACCCCACCCCAUGGCGUUCUAUUGGUUUGGCAUAUGUAGCAACGCGAUGAUCUUUGGCGUUUUGUUUGAGCAUAGCGCAUCAUAGCACAGCAACUUUAUUCUCAUCUCAGUAGAUGAGUGCCAUUGUCAGCAUGUUGUGGCUAACCGCUGUUUCCGCAAGGUUCUUAAAUGGUAGGUACAUCUUGGGUGCGAUCACGCCUGCCAAUUCAGCACAGUUUUUCCCUUUGCAUCAACUCUACGGCUCUUAUCUCAACACCCAAGGCGCAGACUGGCAUGCACGUGAUGCAGGUAUGAAUCUAGAAUUUGUAUAGCUACUUAUACACUGCCCGCUCUUAGCAGCUUACUUU